UAGUCCCACACGAGGUUUGGGAAUAAGUGAUUGUCUGAUAAUGAGCAAGGAAUAUACGUCUUUCUGCUAAAGAGGAUCUAUUAAACUCAUAAUUCAUUAGAUCCUUGUUAUCAAUGCCAACUAGGUAUCAUAAGGAAAUGGAUCCCGGUUGUUCAAUCCUUUGAUAACCAAGGUCAUUCUUUGCUAAAGAGAAAUGAUCACUAUGAGUCAGACUCAAUAGAAUUGGAUCCAUUCCAAAUAGCGAGAAUUAGGAUUCUUGAUCCCUCUCAAUCUCUCUUUCAAUUCGAGGAUCCAGAGAGGUGUUUUCAUAGUCAUCUCCGAAUAUUUGCCAUCUCGGAAUAUUUUCGAUUUCAUUUUUCUAUGAUAUGUCUUUCUAUAUGAAAAUUGGUUAUUUACGAUGUACGAUGAUCCCUGUUAAGCAUCCAUGGCUGAAUGGUUAAAGCGCCCAACUCAUAAUUGGUAAAUUUGCGGGUUCAAUUCCUGCUGGAUGCACACGAACGGGAACAUUCCAUAAGUCUAUUGGAACUGGCUCUCUAUCCAUGGAAUCUCAUCCAUCAUCCAUACAUAACGAAUUGGUAUGGUAUAUUCAUACCAUAACAUAAGAACAAUAAGAACUCGAAUUCUUAUCGAUACUGGAACUCAGAGCAUAGGAGGGAAAGUCGAUUUAUGGAUGGAAUCAAAUACGCAGUAUUUACAGAAAAAAGUCUUCGUUUAUUGGGAAAGAAUCAAUAUACUUUUAAUGUCGAAUCGGGAUUCACUAAGACAGAAAUAAAGCAUUGGGUCGAACUCUUCUUUGGUGUUAAGGUGGUAGCUGUGAAUAGCCAUCGACUACCUGGAAAAGGUAGAAGAAUAGGACCUAUUCUGGGCCAUACAAUGCAUUACAGACGUAUGAUCAUUACCCUUCAACCGGGUUAUUCUAUUCCACUUCUAGAUAGAGAAAAAAACUAAAGGAGAAUACUUAAUAAUACGGCGAAACAUUUAUACAAAACACCUAUCCCGAGCACACGCAAGGGAACCGUAGACAGGCAAGUGAAAUCCAAUCCACGAAAUAAUUUGAUCCAUGGACGGCACCGUUGUGGUAAAGGUCGUAAUUCCAGAGGAAUCAUUACCGCAAGGCAUAGAGGGGGAGGUCAUAAGCGCCUAUACCGUAAAAUAGAUUUUCGACGGAAUCAAAAA